AUGACCCUCGUUGAUAUCAACCCAUUUGGAUCAGAUAAUACAGUGUGUCACAUUCUUUUAGAACUUGAUAACAAAAAAAUGAUAGCUGCCAAAGAAACUGCUAUCAAUUUUUGUACCAAAAGAAUUUCUCUUACUAAUAUUAGGCCAGAAAUUCUCACUGAGCCAAAAGCUGCUCUUUUGAUGCUGAAUUUAGCCAGAACUUGCUUCUUUGCUGUUUGCAAGAUGCUUGCGAAUAGCCAAGUCAGGUUUCAACAAAUUGAAUCACAAAUAUCAGCUUCAUGUCAUUGCUUCGUAAUAAGUGGACACAAGACAGAGAAAGCGAAUUCUAAAAUACUAUUUGGUUGGAAAAUAGUACCAGAAGAAACUUAUGUUAUGAUUGAACAAUUCUUUUUAGAUUUGGCUGAAAAGCAUAUGUUAAGCGAUAAUUUGGCACUGGUUGAGAAAAUUGAAGUUCGAUGUGGAAGCUCAAAAGUCUCUGUUAAUCAAAAUGUUAAUCUUGAAUCUGAACAAGAUAUGGAACAUUUAUGGGAGUUAGUACUUGAAGUGGAUGAUUCAUUAGUACCUGAAGACAUGUUUAAGAAACAUAUUGAAAAUAAGUCCCGUAUUCUUGAGUUCAUAAGUCAUUGUUGUCGUUCAAGAAACUAUUUUUUUGAAAUUAGAAAGUGUCAAGCAGCUGAAACUGGUUGUGUGAUCUGUAAAUUGCCACGGAGUAAGUCUGAUGCGUUUUCAAAGUUAUGGUCCUUUCCUGACCCUAUUCCUAAAGCAAAUGAAGACCAUUAUAUGUUAUUUUAUGAAAUAUAUGGCAAAGAUACUACUAAAAAUACUGACCAUCUUUGUUUCAGAAAGCCAAUGCAUCUAAAUUAUCAUCAACCUUCACGACUAUCAGUAGUCUUGGUAUUAAUGGUAUGGGUUUUAGUCCCCGGGCACAAUCUGCAGCAAAUGUGUACGUUUUGGUUAAAUGCAUCGAGUGUAAUCGACCACAGCACAACAUUUUAUGAAAUAUCAGAUCUUGCAAAAGCCAACUUAUCUUUAUUUUUAAAUGAUGACAAUUGUAACAUAGAAAAUGACUUGAUUGAACUUCAAAAUGUAAGUAAUAGUAUGCAUGAAGAUGACGAUAAUGACAUUGAAGAUGUGGAAGACUAUGAUGAGACUGUCGAUGAAUCACCUACAGAACAAUAA